AUGAACGCUCGUCAAGAAGAACGUCCCCUUCAGCAGCAGGAGGAUCCACAGCCCCCCCACAUUAAAGAGGAAGAGGAGGAAGUGUGGAUGAGUCAGGAGGGAGAGUGUCCUGUAGGGCAGGAGGAGGCUGAUGUCAGCAAGUUUCCACUGACUGUUGUCUCUGUGAAGACUGAAGAGCAUGAAGACAAACCACCUGAGUCCUCACAGCUUCAUCACAGUCCAAACGUCUGUGAAAAAUAUCGUCCACCUGAGCAGCAGGAGGGGUCCUCCAGUAUGGAGCAGAGGAGGUCACAGUACCUCCACGUGAAAGAAGAGGAGCCACAGCCCCCUCACUUUGAAGAUGAAGAAAAACAGCGUCUGUCCCCCCACUUUAUAGAGGAAGACAAGAGACACCUCAUCAGUGUGAAGAGUCAAGGUGAUGAGGUCAAAGGUGAACGUGAGGAGAAGAGAGAGGCAGAGCCUCCAAGCAGCAGUUUAGCAGAAUGUGAUGGAGACCACUGUGGAGGAUCACAAGCAGACAAGCUCUUAGCUCCACUAUCAGAUAGUGAGGACACAACGUCACACUCUCCUGACACUGAUGAUGAAGACUCUAAAGAUGAUAAGACAUGUCACACUGACAACACUCACUUCACUUGUUCUCUCUGUCACAAAACUUUUAAAGACCAUAGUAAUCUGAAAAGGCACAUGAGUACACACACCGGAGAGAAACCUUUUUCCUGCUCAGAAUGUGGGAGAGAUUUUAGACUAAAACACAUGCUGAAAGUACACAUGAGAACACACACUGGAGAAAAACCUUUUUUAUGUUCAAUCUGCGGUAAAGAUUUUACUCAAAAGCACCAUUUGAAAACACACAUGAGAAUACACACUGGAAAAAAACCUUUUUCCUGUUCAAUCUGCGGUAAAGAUUUUACUCAUAGGAACUAUUUGAAAAUACACAUAAGAAUACACACUGGAGAAAAACCUUUUUCAUGCUCAGAAUGUGGUAAAAGUUUUGUAAUAAAUCAAAGUUUAAAAGUACAUAUGAGAACACACACUGGAGAAAAACCUUUUUCAUGUUCAAUCUGUGGUAAGGUUUUUACUCAAAGGGACCAUUUAAAAAAACACAUGAGAAUACACACUGGAGAAAAAACUUUUUCCUGCUCAUAAUGUGGUAAAAGUUUUGUCAUAAUACAAAGUUUAAAAGUAAAUAUGAGAACACAUAUUGGUGAAAAACCUUUUAUAUGUUCAGUAUGUGGUAAAAGUCUGAAUAGAAAGACAGCAAUUAAAAUUAUACAUGAGAAUGCAAUCAGGUGAAAAACCAUACUCCUGUUCAAUCUGCAACAAAAGCUUUGGUCACCUAAACACUCUUACAGUGCAU